AUGUCUUCACCUCCUCAUUCUCAUUCAAGUUCAAAUUAUUCUUAUGGACCAGUUAUAAAACCAGAAUUAGCUUCAAUUGGUAAUGCAACUCAAUCUUCAUCUUCAUCUUCAUUUAAAUCUCCAACUUCAACUAUUGGUACAACUACUGCGGCUAUUGAUCAUUUACCACCUAGUAAUUUAAGUGAUAUUGAAUCAAUUGAUGGUCAACAUAAUCAUUAUAAUCAACAACAACAACAACAACAGCCAAUCCCACAAUUUCAAAUAACUCAUAAUUCAAAUAUUAGUAAAGAAAGUCAAAAAUCACAAGAUUCUUCAAAUUCAAUAGCUAAUGAAACAUUAACAAGACCAAUAAUUAGACAAAUUUCCCCUGAAUCAAAUUCAAUAUCUCCAAUGUCAUCAAAUACAAAUUCAUCAAAUGAUAUAAAUGUAAAUCAAAGAGUUGGAAUAAAUUUAACUCAAUUACAAAAUACUUCAAGUUUGGAAAGCUUAUUAACAAAGCCAAUAAAUUUACAAAAUGCUCAUAAUAAUCAUUAUCAAAAAAGAGCUUCAAUUUUUAGUACUUUUAGUCAAUAUUCUGGUAAAGUUGAAAAUGAAAAAGCUAUUCCAAUGACUUUGAAAAGAACUGAUACAAGUAAAUUUAGAAAAUACAAUAAAGAUGAAGUUGAAGAAGAGCAACAACAACAACAACAACAAUCACAAACGCAAGAAAAAUCAGAUAAAGAAGAUUCAAAUAAUUUAUCAUCAAAUCAAUCAGUCGAAACUGGUCACUUAUUAAAUGACGGGAUAGAAGAUACAACAUUUGAUUCAUCAAAACAACUGACAAAUCAACCAGAAGAAGAACACUCCGAUGUUGAAACAGAUGAAGAAAGUUCAAUAUUAAUGGGUAAAUUGCCAACUUCUUCAAAACCAGUUGAACAAAUUUUAAAUAUAAAUCCAGAUAAAUCAUUUAAUACUAAUAUUGAAGGAGCAGUACCUGCAAGAUCACCAAGAAGACCAGUUUCAAUGAUUGCAAAUCCUACCGGUAAUAGUACGACUACUACUACGUCCCCUAAAACAAAAAGAAACUCAAGAAGAAAAUCAACUCAAAUAAAUGAUGAUUUAGAUAAAUUAAUGUUUGAUGCUUCGUCAAUGAAAUCAAUGAAUGAUGUGCCACAAGAACAAGAAGAAGAAGAACCCAUAAAUCCAGAGACAGACUCAACUAAAAAUGCUAGGGAUAGACUUCAUAGGGAAAGUACAGACACUACAGCUUCACAACCAUUAUUAGCUAAAUUAAAUGAUAUCAACGAUGAACCAAAAGAAGAACAAGAAGCAGCAGUAGCAUCUCAAGAGUUUUCACCAGAACCAAGAACCUUACCACCAAGACCAUCACAAGACAACAUCAACAAAGCAAGGCAAUUAUCAUCAUCAUAUCAAAAUCAACAACAAUUACCACUUGGGGAAAUAACUAAUCUACAAACUAACAUAAAUGAUGAUGAUGAUCAAUAUUAUGAUAUUGAUGAUGAAGAUGAAAGAAUACCAAUACAACAUCGUCCAUCAAAAGCAAAAUCUGUUAAAAAUUCAAUUAGAAGACCAACAAGACAAUCCACAGUGAUAAAAAAUGAGUCAACUCCUCCACCUUUACCACAACAAGAAUUACAACAAUCUAAAUCACAUCAAAAAAAGAAAAAAAAUUCAUCAUCAACUAAAAAAAGAUCUAAAUCUACAACUUCAAAUAAUCAAGAAUUAAAACCAUUUAGUUAUAAUACAUUAAUAUCAUUAUUAGAAAGUAUGAAUGGUACAAUAAUUGGAGAAGAAUUUGAUUCAUUAAAUAUUCCAAUUAGAGAAAAACAAUUGAUUGAAAAAAUCAUUGAUUCAUUAAGUAGAUUAACAUCUGAUAUGAUAUUAGAUAAACAAAGAUACGAUAUGGGAUUAGUCAGAUUGGAAAAAGCUUUACGUGUAUUAGAAGGAUUUAAUUAA